AUGAUAAUUUCCCGCCACAUUUUCCCAAAUCAAACGGUCUCAGAUUCUGCAAACUUAUUCGCACCAACAAAAUCCAAGUUAACAUCAUCGCCGUCGAGGUCAAUGAUGGGGAAACGAAAGCUUUCUUCGAUGUUCACUUCGUCGAUCUUCAGGAAAACGAGUAGAGACGAUAAGGCUAAAGGUUCAGCUUGUGACAGUAUCGUCGAUGAUGUAAUUGCCGAAUUUGCGCCGGAUGAGACUGACAGAGAGAAGCGUAGAAAGGGAAGAAUCGGAGCUAUGCCGAGGACUUGUGCGCCUAUUCCUGCUGUGAAGUGCGAGGGAUUAACUGCGCCGAGUCUUAAUUUGAUCGGUGGAUAUGAAUUGAUUAAGGAUACUGCAAAUGGGAACUUUGAGGACAUGCAGGAUUUAGAUUUUCAAAUAAGUCUGGAUCCGAUUGUGAAAUCACAUAGUUUUUCGAUUAAGGAAGAUGUAAUUGAAGAUAAUAUGCCUAUUAUGGUUGAAACAUAGGCGGAAUCAUUAUUGAAGAAGGAGCCGGUUUGUGCGCUGAAUGCUAAGAUUAAUGAAGAAAACAACCCGGCUUUGAGUGCUGCUGCGGGUUGGCGAGCAGUGAGGAGCGAAGGGAGCGAAAAUGUUGAUUCUGCUGGAGAAAUUUCUGAAGAGAAAUUCAAUAUUGAUAUUGACACAGACGGCUCUCUUCCUUUCUAUAUAAUCGAUGCGUAUGAGGAGCUCUUCGGUGCGAAUUCGGGCACUGUAUAUCUAUUUGGCAAGGUCAAAGCUGGAGAUACGUACCAUAGUUGUUGUGUGGUGGUAAAAAACAUGCAAAGAUGUGUAUAUGCUAUUCCAAUUGCCUCUUUUCUUCAUUCGGAUGAGGUGUUGAACCUUCAAAAUGAUGCUGAACACUCCCAUCUUUCUCCUGCAGAUCUGCAUACAAAGUUGCAAGAAGUGACCACUAGACUAAAAAACGAAAUAGCUAAGCAGUUACUAGAUCUCAAUGUUUCAACAUUUAGCAUGACUCCAGUUAAGAGGAAAUAUGCAUUUGAGCGUCGUGACAUACCUGCGAGAGAAAAUUAUGUGAUUAAGAUCAGUUACCCAUUUAAGCAUCCCCCACUUCCUACUGAUCUAAAAGGAGAAUCAUUUUGUGCCCUCUUAGGAACGCAUCGCAGUGCCUUGGAGCUUCUCCUCAUUAAAAGGAAAAUAAAGGGCCCCUCCUGGUUGUCAAUUUCAAAAUUUUCUUCCUGUCCUGAUUCUCAACAAGUGAGCUGGUGCAAGUUUGAGGUGACAGUUUACUCUCCAAAAAAUGUUCAAAUUUCAACUUCGUCAAGUAAAACUUUGGAGGUUCCUUCUAUGAUUGUCAGUGCAAUAAAUAUAAAGACCAUCAUUAAUGAAAAUCAGAAUGUCAAUGAAAUUGUGUCUGCAUCUGUUAUAUGCUGUCAAAGAGCAAAGAUUGACGGUCCCAUGCCGGCCACAGAAUGGAAAAAACCUGGUAUGCUUAGACAUUUUACUAUCAUCCGUAAGCUUGAUGGAGGCAUAUUUCCUAUGGGAUUUAAGAAGGCUGGAUCAAAUGUUUUAAUCUGCGAGAGUGAAAGGGCCUUGUUGGAUGAAUUAAUGAGUAAAUUAUACAAAUUGGAUAGUGAUGUGCUGGUUGGACACAAUAUCUCUGGAUUUGACAUAGAUGUUCUUCUCCAUCGAGCCCAGUUUUGCCGAGUACCAAGCAGCACGUGGUCCAAAAUAGGUCACCUUAAGCGGUCUGUUAUGCCUAAACUUGGAAAAGGAGGGAGCAUUUUUGGGUCUGGAGCAAGUUCAGGAGUCAUGGCUUGCAUUGCUGGUCGACUUUUAUGUGAUACAUACUUAUCUUCCCGUGACCUAUUGAAAGAGAUUAGCUAUUCUUUGAUAGAGCUAUCAAAGACUCAGCUUAAUAAGGACCGUAAGGAGGUUACUCCACAUGAUAUUCCAAGAAUGUUCCAAGCAUCAGAGUCUCUCAUGGACCUGAUUGAAUAUGGCGAGACAGAUGCAUGGUUGUCAUUGGAACUCAUGUUUCAUCUAAAUGUUCUUCCUCUAACUCGUCAGCUGACUAAUAUCAGUGGUAAUCUCUGGGGAAGAAGUCUACAGGGUGCUAGAGCCCAGAGAGUAGAGUAUCUCUUACUUCAUGCAUUCCAUGCCAAAAAGUAUAUUGUUCCCGACAAGACUUCAUCUUAUAUGAAGGAAAAAAAGAUGGUAAAAAAGAGAAGGGUUCAUGGUUAUGAGGAAAAACAUGUUUAUGAAUUUGAUUUAGAUUAUGUAAAUGUAGAAUUUGCUCCCAAUACUGAAAGUGGAAAAGGCAAAAAGGGAUCCUCCUAUGCAGGUGGGCUAGUCUUGGAGCCAAAACGAGGUUUAUAUGAUAAAUAUAUAUUACUUCUGGACUUCAAUAGUCUGUACCCUUCCAUCAUUCAGGAAUAUAAUAUUUGCUUCACCACUGUAGAAAGAUCUCCAGAUGGUCUUUUUCCUCGUCUGCCAUCUAGUAAAAUGACUGGAGUUCUUCCCGAGUUGCUAAAAAAUCUGGUUCAAAGGAGAAAAACGGUAAAGUCAUGGAUGAAAAAAGCAUCUGGUCUCAAGCUCCAGCAACUUAACAUUCAGCAACAGGCACUGAAGCUUACUGCAAACAGUAUGUAUGGAUGUCUAGGGUUUCCUAAUUCAAGGUUUUAUGCAAAACCACUAGCAGAGCUUAUUACUUCACAAGGAAGAGAAAUACUGCAGAGCACCGUUGAUCUUGUUCAGAAUAAGUUUAACCUAGAGGUAAUUUAUGGCGAUACUGAUUCAAUAAUGAUCCAUAGUGGACUGGAUGAUAUUGGCAACGCGAAAGCAAUUGCAGCGAAAGUUAUACAUGAGGUCAACAAAAAAUACAAGUGUUUAGAAAUUGAUCACGAUGGUCUGUACAAGAGAAUGCUACUUCUGAAGAAAAAGAAAUAUGCAGCUGUAAAGUUGCAGUUGAAGGAUGGAAUGCCAUAUGAGGUUAUUGAGCGAAAGGGUCUUGAUAUGGUUCAUCGUGAUUGGAGUUUAUUAUCAAAGGAAUUAGGUGAUUUCUGCUUGAGUCAAAUAUUGUCUGGAGGGUCAUGUGAUGAUGUUAUUGAGUCAAUACACGACUCUCUUAGGAAGAUACAAGAUGAUAUGAGGAAAGGGCAAGUAGCACUUGAGAAAUAUAUCAUCACGAAGACAUUAACCAAGCCACCUGAAGCCUAUCCUGAUGCCAGAAACCAACCACAUGUUCAAGUUGCACAAAGGUUAAAACAAAUGGGUUAUUCUACUGGCUGUUCUGUUGGUGAUACGAUCCCAUAUAUAAUUUUCUGUGAGCAGGGAUCUACUUCUGGUGGUUUUACAGGCAUUGCUCAGCGGGCUAGACAUCCUGAUGAACUUAAAAGAGAAGAUGGAAAAUGGAUGAUUGACAUCGAUUACUACCUGUCGCAGCAGAUUCAUCCUGUGGUCUCUCGUCUGUGUGCCUCAAUUCAGGGCACAAGUCCAGAACGAUUGGCUGACUGUCUGGGGCUUGAUUCAUCAAAGUUCCUAAUCAAAUCAAGUGAAGUUUCCAACAGUGAUGUCUCCUCUUCCCUCCUGUUUUCCGUUAGUGCUGAGGAAAGGUAUCAGAGCUGUAAACCACUGGUACUAACUUGCCCCAAGUGUUAUGGUAUUUUUGAAGUUCCUACUAUAUUCAGUUCUAUAUACAAGUCAACAUAUGGAAAGCAAGAAAGUCCAAUGGUUGAUGAACCUAAGAAAUUUUUGAAAUGUCCAAAAUGCGAGGAUUUGUUAUGGGUUCCUGACGAAGCUAAUGAGGGUAGGGGUGGAAUGACUCCUGAAAUGAUUUCCAGCCAGGUAAAAAUGCAAACAGACAAGUUCAUUGCAAAGUAUUAUCAUGGCUUAAUGAUGUGUGACAAGGAAACCUGCAAAUACACCACUCGUGCUGUCAAUCUUCGACGUGUGAGCGACUCCCAGAGAGGAAUUCUCUGCCCAAAAUAUCCUCAGUGCGAUGGGCGUCUCAUAAGAACGUAUACUGAAGCGGAUUUGUGGAAGCAGAUUUGUUAUUUUUAUUAUGUGUUGGAUACUGAAUGCUGUAUGGAAAAGUUGGAGAUUCGUACAAGGGUAACUUUAGAAAAAGAAAUGGCAAAAAUUCGGCCAUUGGUCGAAUCAGCUGCAUCAACAAUUAAAAGGAUUCGAGAUCUCAAUGCAUAUGGUCGGGUGAAGUUGGAAGAUAUUGCGGUUAGUUUGCAUAUAGCACCAAAUUAUGCAUGCCCUUCUCUACAUUGUGUAUAAAUGUCAUAUGGAUGAAUACUCUUAAUAGGAAA